GAAAACUGUACUGAUGGGUUUCGAAUUAUAGAUAUAUCGAUUUUGAUGUCCAUUUUCAACACCUUUAUAUGCCCUAAAUGUAAGUCGGGUCACAUUGUUAUGAAGGAAGACAUAACUGCAAAGAUGGGACUUGUCGCACAACUUUCGCUGGAAUGUUCUGCCGAAAUGUGUUCAUAUUCUAUGAAUUGUUAUACAUCAAGUCGGGUGUCGGGUGAAUAAUAAAUCUAAAGCCUUUGAAGCAAAUAGAAGGGCUGUGUGAAUGAGAAACAUUGGAGUUGGUCACCAAGGGCUUGUGAAGUUUUGUGGUGCAAUGAACAUGUUGGCACCUAUGAAUGCAAAUUCAUACACCGACCAUGUGACAGCUAUUCAUGGAGCUGCUGAAGUUGUUGCAAAGGCAAGCAUGAAAAGUGCAGCUGAGGAGACAAAGCAGUUUUAUGAACCAGAAGAAGAUGGUGUGUAUGAUAUUGGCUAUUGUUAUUACUGUGGACGGGACCUGGAGACGAAGGGGAUAUUCAUCUUCCUGCGGGGUCGUUACUGGCAUGUCGCUGAUUACCGGAAAAGUGCUAGACAUUGAAGUCAUGUCAAAAGAAUGCUGGGAGUGUAUUACCUGGAGCAGCAGGAAAGGUUCAAAGGAAUUUGAACAUUGGUGGGAAGGUCAUCAACACAAUUGCUUAAACCGGGGUGUCAGACAAGGAAGUGUCGCAAGAAGAUAGACUAUGACCGUAUCCGCCAUUCCACACGAAAAAGCUCCGACAAGCAUAAAAAUAAAGGAAAAAAGAUAAGACAGAGAAAAAAAGGCUAUAUUGACAACCUGUCAGAAGAGGAAGUUACCCAAUAAUAUGAAUCUUGGGCAUUUUGAGCCCUAAACUUGAACUGAUUA